AUGCAACACACGGCAUCGAUAUCUUCGGCCUGUUUAGCUGAUGGGAUCGAUUGGAAGUUCAUCCCUCCGCGUGCCCCGCACUUCGGUGGUUUAUGGGAGGCCGCUGUGAAGUCGGCCAAAUAUCACUUCUACAGAGUCGUCGGUGCAUCCGUCUUAGCCAUCGAUGAAUUAAGAACUCUUGCCUAUGAGAUUUCUGCCAUCCUUAACUCCCGUCCACUCUGUCCAAUUUCAGAAAAUGCUGAGAGCCUUGAGGUGCUAACGCCUGCGCAUUUCCUGAAGGGUUCCAGCUUCACAAAAUUUCCUGAGCCUGACAUCACUCAUCUUCGCGAAGGCCGCCUCAGCAGAUGGCAACGGGUGACCCAGAUGCAACAACACUUCUGGAAAAAAUGGAGCAGCGAAUAUUUGUCCCUUCUUCAAGAAAGGAGCAAGUGGCGCGUCGAAACGUCCAACAUCAAGGUUGGAAGCAUAGUCAUAGUGGUGCUGAAGGAUGACAACAUUCCCCCAUUGAAAUGGCAGCUUGGGUGCAUCGAGGACGUCAUACCCGGCGGAGACGGCGUCAUCAGAGUAGCUAUGGUCCGUACCGCUACGGGUCUUAUCAAGAGAGCCGUCGCCAAACUAGCCGCUCUGCUCAUCGAUUCCGAGAUGGUUGGAACCGUACCUCUUCCAACGGGGGGAGUAUGUUCGGAGCAGACCGCCGGCACCUAG